UGUUCUGGCGGAUGUGUGUUGCUUUCCCUCACAUAUGUUAAUAAGCGUCACACGAGCUGGUAACACCUUUCACAGGCGCGUGCCUCUCACACACGGCUUGGCAGCUGCACGUGCCCGCAGAUUAGUAAAGGGUCCAUUGGAGCGUCGUUCAGUCUGUAUUCAGAUUUAGAUACUUGACCAAAUGUGCCAAAAACGCACUAUUACAAACAGCUAAGAAAAGAAAUGAACAAACAAAUGCUUUACUCCAAACUCUUCUUUAAGUUUUAAUUAUAGGCUGCCCCUUUUUGUUGUCAUGGCUAGCACUUAUUUCUUAAACUUGAGGGUGAAUAAGAGUCACAUGAAGACAGUAGGGUAUACUAAAAUGCCAAAUAUUAAAUAGACAUUCACAAAUUGGACACACGUUUGUAUUUAAGUUUCUGUUUUGUAACAUUUCUUCUUUGUUUAGUAGUUGUAGGUUUCAGCAUGGGUUACCUAUAGCUAUAAAAGCUAUAAAAUGAAGGCUGUGAUGGGUGGAGCCUACGGCCACGCCCACCUAAGGGUUAAAAGGCCUCACUUGGGAGAGGGUGGUCACAAUCAGCUUUUGCUGACAGACAGAUACAUCUGAAAUCAACGCUGGAAUCACCUCGGAUCACAAUGAUGAAAUUGUUUAAGGAUUUAGAGGACGCAAAGGCCAAAAGAAAGAGUCUCAAACCUCAGGUGGAGAGACGUCGACGUGAGCGAAUGAACCACAGCCUGGACAGCCUUAAGACUCUCUUGCUUCAGAGACAGGAUGAGACUUCAAGGAGAGUUGAGAAAGCUGAGAUCCUCGAGCACACAGUCCUCUUCCUACAGAACACUGCUAAAGGAGAAAGGACGAGAGCUGAAGACGGAGGUGGAGGCCACAAACACUCCUAUCAAGACGGCUUCUCCAGCUGCCUGCAGAAAGCUGCUCAGUUCUUGGGACCUGAUGGGAAAGGCCUGUGGUCUGGAGCAGCACUCGAUGCUUCUUUUGCUGCUCGCUUCUCCUGUUCAGUCUCUGAUGCUGCAGCAGGCGUCCAAUCUGAAGAUCAUUCUCCAUCCAAAUCUCUUCACCUCAGGAAGUCGUCCAGAUCUAUUCUUCGGUCGCUGAUAGACAGGUCCGGGUAUAGAAUCUGCACGCCUUCGCUCAAGGGGAGCAGUUGCGUUAGACUCAGUGAAGAAUCCCUUCGUACUCCCCAAACACACCAACAGCCCCAUAAACUAUCGAGUCGGGGGAGCAAACGGAGCCCACCUCAGAGCCAGUCUAUCAUCCACAGUCUGUGGAGACCCUGGCCCUGACCACCACGCAGUGAUUCCACAAAGUGAACUUUAAUGACUUUAAAUGCUGAUUCAUACUCACACAACAGCGUCUGUGGUCCAUCUGACUCUACCUGGAUAUUUUCAGUACAAUGUAUUGAACAUGGACCCCCAGCUUUGCGAUAAUUGUGAUAUAUUUGUAUAUAUUGUACAUUUUAAUGUAUUCACACAACGUGCUGCUACAACUUUUAUUGACCAACUCAUGUCAUGUGUGUCAUGUAUGAUGUAUUUUGCACCUUAAUUUAUUAUAUUUGUCAUUCGUAAAUAAAGAAAAUGAAAAAUUAACAAUGCGUUCAUGUUCAUUGAUUGUCUACA